AUGUACCUUUUGAAGAAAAACGCUGAUUCCUUUGGACUUUUGAGACGCACGUCCAUAACGUUCAACGGGGCAAACGACGUGGUCAUAAGUGGAGUGAAAUCGAUGAACAGUCAGAUGUCCCAUAUGACCCUCAAGGGUUGCACCAAUGUGGCUGUCCGUAACAUCAAGCUAGUGGCUCCCGGAAACAGCCCAAACACCGACGGUUUUGGCGUUCAAUCCUCCACAGGAAUCACACUCACUGGAAGCACAGUUCAGACCGGAGACGAUUGUGUUUCUAUCGGCCCUGGCACCCGCAACUUCCUCAUCUCCAAACUUAACUGUGGCCCAGGUCACGGGGUUAGUAUUGGGAGCUUGGCAAAGACAUUGAACGAAGAUGGAGUAGAGAACGUGACACUAUCGAAUUCAGUAUUCACCGGAACACAAAACGGCGUGAGGAUCAAGUCGUGGGCGAGGGCGAGUACUGGAUUCGUUAAUAAAGUCUUCUUCCAAAACCUAAUCAUGAAGAACGUCCAAAACCCUAUCAUAAUCGACCAAAACUAUUGUCCUACCCACCAAGGUUGCCCUACCGAGCAUUCAGGGGUGAAGAUUAGCCAAGUGACGUAUAGGAACAUACAAGGAACGUCCGCGACACAGCAAGCGAUGAAUCUGGCAUGCAGCAAGACCAAUCCAUGCACAGGAAUCACAUUACAAGAUAUUAAGCUUACUUACAACAAAGGAACUCCUGCUACUUCCUACUGUUUCAAUGCUAGAGGGACUAAUCUCGGUGUUAUUCAACCUACGAGUUGUCUCAACCGAUAA